UUAUCAAAACGCAUUGUUCUGUUGCUUACGCAAGCACAUAAGCUCUUACCAGAUUCGAUUCAACAAAGUCUCUUCCUUUGGUUGCAAAAGCUUACGAGUAUUCCAUUAAAUGUAAGCGGCCGUAUAUCACUCACUGCUGAUGUAGUAGUGUACCUUCCUCGACUGCUUAAAGUAGUGUGUUGGUCAGCUAAUCAUCAACGAAAUGGAACACCCUUUUGCUUCAAGAGACGAGGGGUUUGGAUGUUAUCAAGAUAUGUCAACAGAAGAGAUGGAUGGUUUAAGCUUUGGUUCUGGCGUUAGGAAUUUGAUGUCAGAUCAUAUGCUUAACUCUUCCAACUCGAACUCGGAGCUUAUGAACUUCGACUCUUUCUCCACGUGGUGCAACAGCCCUUCUUAUGCUACUGAUGUCUUGUUCGCUCAAUAUGGUCUAUCGACCUCUCAGUCUAUGCCCUUUGGAGCUAUCACCUCAUCUCCUACUUUAUCAGGUCUUACUCGUUCGUUCCAUGAUUUGGAAAGCUCUUUCCAUGGUGAAGAAACAUCGUUAGUACCGGAAAUGAGCUCUGGUAAACGACGCAGGAUGACUAAUCAGAAGAAUGGUUUGCCUAACUUGAUGAACUCUACUAUUCCUAGGUCUUUGAGCCACUCAUUAGAUGAGAAGAUGCUCAAGGCAUUAAGCUUGUUCAUAGAGUCCACAGGUUCAGGGGAGGGCAUGUUAGCACAGGUCUGGACCCCUAUUAAGAUAGGAGACCAGCACAUGCUCAGUACAUGUGAUCAGGCCUAUUUGCUAGACCCGAGGCUUUCUCAGUACCGUGAAGUCUCAAGGAAAUUCACUUUUGCUUCUGAAGCGAAUCAGUGCUCUUUCCCUGGUCUUCCUGGCCGUGUCUUCAUCUCCGGAGUACCUGAGUGGACAUCAAACGUUUUGUAUUACAAGACGGAGGAGUAUCUGCGUAUGCAGCAUGCAGUAGAUAACCAAGUCCGUGGUUCCAUUGCAAUACCUGUCCUUGAAGCUUCUGGGAAGACUUGUUGUGCUGUCAUGGAGCUCGUCACUUCCAAGGAAAAAACCAAUUUUGAUAAGGAGAUGGACUCUGUUUGCCGUGCCCUCCAGGCUGUAAACUUACGGACAUCAAUGUGCCCUCGCCCUCAGUACCUUUCAAGUAAUCAAAAAGCUGCCUUAGCGGAAAUACAAGAUGUUCUCAGAGCAGUAUGUCAUGCACACAGGUUGCCUUUAGCUCUAGCCUGGAUUCCUUGUAGUUACGGCAAGAAAAAGGGAAAGGAUCAACCUGUAAACUCAGGUGAAAGUUGUGUUCUUUGCGUCGAGGAAACAGCUUGUUAUGUGAAUGAUAUAAAGAUGGAAGGCUUUGUUCACGUUUGUUUGGAGCAUUGUCUAAGAGCAAAAGAAGGAAUCGUUGGCAAAGCUUUCGUAUCAAACCAGCCCUUCUUUUCUUCUGAUGUGAAGGCUUAUGACAUCAGCGAGUACCCUCUUGUUCAGCAUGCUCGAAAGUACGGUCUAAACGCUGCUGUUGCUAUAAAACUGAGAAGCACUUACACUGGUGAAGAUGAUUACAUACUUGAACUAUUCUUGCCUCUGAGUAUGAAAGGAAGCUUGGAGCAGCAGCUUCUAUUAGACAGCCUUUCGGGUACUAUGCAGAGAAUUUGUCGAACUCUUACUACUGUUUCAGAUGUAGGGGAAGCUGGAUUGUCUAAGUUCUCGCAGACCAAAUGCUCAGGAAAAUAUCAGACGAUGGCAUCAGAUUCUGAACUGAACUCUACUAGAAAUAUAUUUUCGGAUAUAUCCUCUGAUAAAGAUAACAGUAGUACUAAUGAGCAGGAUAUGAGGACACAAGAGAAGAAGAAAAGCACAACGGAGAAGAAUGUGAGCUUAAGUGUUCUACAACAACAUUUUUCUGGGAGUCUAAAGGAUGCUGCAAAAAGUCUUGGUGUUUGUCCCACUACACUAAAACGGAUAUGCAGACAACAUGGGAUCAUGAGGUGGCCAUCUCGUAAGAUUAAUAAAGUGAACAGGUCGUUAAGGAAAAUACAGACGGUUCUUGACUCUGUCCAGGGUGUGGAAGGAGGACUCAAGUUUGACUCAGCGACAGGCGAGUUCGUUGCAGUUUGCCCUAUUAGUAAAGAACUUGAUACCCAGAAGGAUCAGGAAGAUGUGGCUCAAGAUACUACGUUUGAGCUCUUGGAAGCUAAAUCAGUCGACAAUGCAAUUAAGUUAGAGGAGGACAUCAUCACAAACGGAUCAUUCUUGGAGGUUGAUGACAGUGUUAAGCAAUGGGCUUGGAUGGCUAAACAAUCUAGCUUCCAUGGAAGUGAAGGAAUAAAGAACAAUGGCAACUUGAGCUCUCAGGCAAUCAGAUGCAGUGGCAAUAUCAACGAACCUGACCAGUCCAUGUCAUGCAGCAUGUCAGGUUCAUCAAAUGGCUCAGGUGCAGCUAUGCUCAGAAGCUCAUCUACUUCAAUGGACGAUUGUAACCAAAUGAGAUCCCACAAAAGCAAUAGCAGCGAGAGUGGACCAACAACGCUCACUGUAAAGGCUACUUAUCUAGAAGAUACAAUACGUUUCAAGUUCGGACCGUCGCUUGGGUGUUCUCAGCUCUACAAAGAAAUUGGGAAACGGUUUAAACUGCAAGAGGAGUCAUUUCAACUCAAGUACUUAGACGACGAAGAAGAGUGGGUGAUGCUGGUUACAGAUUCUGAUCUCCAAGAGUGUUUGGAGAUAUUAUACGGUAUGGGAAAACACACGGUGAAGUUUCUAGUUCGUGAGUUGUCUGCGCCUAUAGGUAGUUCUGCUGGCAGCAACGGUUACCUAGGAACAUGUUUAUAACAUCUACUGUUCAGUGAUGUUUUUCCCUGUGAAAGAAUGUUGUUUAUUUCUCCAUAAAUUAGUUUGCUUAUAAGAGAGGCAUGAUAGAUAAAGACAGUUUUAGAAUAGUGGAGUUAGGAUACUGUAUAUGUUUAUCCUUUUCUAUAAAAUCGGAGAAUAAAAAGUUGAAUGUCUAGCUA